AGCAAUAUAGAGAGUGUUUUUUUUUUUUCGUUUACCUAAGAAGAAAGAAAAAUCUUAAAAGUAUGUGCAACAUAUACAUGGAGGAAGAAGGCACUCUAGCACGAGAAGAAGAUGGCCUAAAACCCGAGACCUACGAUCUUUACUUCAAGGGUUUGGUAAGAAAGGACUCAUUGGCAGGAUUUGGGGUCGCAAUUUGCAGACAAGAGGACGAUACUCUCUUGUUUAGGAUGAAGGGAUCCAUCCAUGACUCUGUCAUUACAGUUUUGGAGGCUGAGCUUACGGCAUUGAAGCGAGGACUAACGGAAGCCGUCACGGGGAGAUGUGCGCCUGAGCAAGAGAACACCGCGUUGCUAAUGGAUGAUGUGCAACGCAUAAGACAACAAUUGACAUCUAGCAUCCCUGUUCUGAUGACUGAAAAUCAAGCUAACUUUGCUUAUAAACUUGCAUUGGAAACACUAGUUUCUGAAAUCAGCAUACGUAUGCCUCCGAAUAACACAGGAUCUAUGAGAUGCUGCAAUGUUUCGUGUCGUAGUAACUUGUCAUGCAAUGAUUGCAAGAGGUUGGAUACAAAUCCUACAGCAAUGUGGCUUCAAUGUAAAAAGUGCCCAGACAUGAUCAGACUAUCAUCGGAAUACGACUUCAGUGCAACUUGCAGAUGUGGCUAUUCCUUUUGCUGCACAUGUGGAGCCGAAUGGAAGCUUAGAGGAGAAACAGGGUCUUCAGCUGGCAGAGAAGUAAUACCAACAGUAUCAACAACCUCGUCAGGGGUAUAUCGUAGGAGUAUAGAGGAGAAACCUGCUGCUACAUGUCUUCAACUGAAACCAGUCCCAGCAAUUCCAUGCAAUCUUCGUGUAGCUCAGCUUCUGAAAGGGAAUCCACACCCUCAGCUCUAAUCAGAGCACAAGAUAUCUCUGAAAUGAAAAAAAAAAAAAAGGAGAGACUAACAUUAUCCAAAGUAAGCUCAUCAUUGAAAAAGCUUAUAUAAUGCAUCAAUCCGCUUCAAGAACUAUAAUCAAAAGAAAAUUCAUUC